CUACUAGAUUGUCAAACGAUGGAGUUCCAAAGGUUAAAUUUGAAGAAUAAACUGACAUGCCUGCUUGAGAAUUGCAGGAGCAUGAGAGAACUGAAGCAGAUACACGCCCGCAUCACUACAUCUCCUCGCCUCUUCAUCACUGACCGUUGCUUCCUAAUCUCUCGCCUUAUUUUCUUCUGCACGGUUUCUCAAUCAGGGUCUCUCACCUAUGCCAACACUUUAUUUAGAUUCGUUCCCAAAAAAACUCUCUUUAUUUACAACUCCAUGAUCAGAGCUUACGCUUCAAGAAUCCACGACCCCACUUCAUGUCAGCCGUUAGUUUUGUACAAACAAAUGCUCUUUGAUGAUAUUACACCUGACUCUAUUACACUUCCCUUCGUGUUAAAACAUUGCGUGAGCAGAGUUGAUGAAUUCGUCGGACGAAGUGUUCAUGCCCACGUUGUUAAAUUUGGGUUUCAUAGUGAUGUUUUUGUGCAAAAUUCUUUGAUAGGUUUGUAUUCACAGUGCGGGUCUGUGGGAAUUGCAAGGAAGGUAUUUGAUGAAAUGUCAAAUCAGGAUAUUGUUUCGUGGAAUUCUAUGGUAAUUGGGUGUCUGAGAAACGGAGAGUUGAAUAUGGCCUUAGAGUUGUUUAGGAGGAUGAAGAGGAGGAAUAUUAUUACAUGGAAUUCAAUUAUCACAGGGUUUGUACAAGGAGGUAGACCAAAAGAAGCUUUAGAAUUCUUCUAUGAAAUGCAAAUUUCAGGUGAUGAUAUGGUUAGUCCAGAUAAAAUGACAAUUGCUAGUGUAAUCUCAGCUUGUGCUUGUCUUGGAGCAGUUGAUCAAGGUAAGUGGGUGCAUGAUUACUUGAACAGAAGUGGAAUGGAGUGUGAUAUGGUGAUUGCCACAGCGUUAGUAGACAUGUAUGGCAAAUGUGGGAGUGAUUCUCGAGCACUUGAUGUUUUUAAGGCAAUGAAAAAUAAGGAUGUUUUGGCAUGGACAGCGAUGGUUUCUGCUUUUGCUCUUAAUGGGAAUGGCAGAGAAGCUUUCGAGCUUUUCUUGGACAUGGAAGAGGCUGGAGUGAGGCCUAAUGCUGUAACUUUUACUGCUUUGUUGUCUGCUUGUGCGCAUUCUGGCCUUAUAGAGAUAGGCCGAAGGUGUUUUGAUGUGAUGAGGCGCGCUUAUCACAUAGAGCCACAAGUUCAACACUAUGCUUGCAUGGUUGACAUUCUUGGUCGAGCUGGUCUCUUUGAUGAAGCAGAAGGGCUAAUCAGAAGCAUGGCAAUGGAGCCAGAUGUUUUCGUUUGGGGUGCACUACUUGGUGGCUGCCAAAUGCACCGAAAUUUUCAGUUAGGAGAAAAGGUUGCUCGGUAUUUAAUUGCUUUGGAGCCUCUGAACCAUGCUUUUUAUGUUAAUCUUUGCGACAUAUAUGCCAAAGCUGGUAGAUUUGACCAUGUUAAGGAGAUUAGAGCCCUUAUGAAGGAGAAAGGGAUUGAGAAGACAGUUCCUGGAUGCAGUAUGAUUGAAGUUGAUGGAGUUGUCCACGAAUUUUCUGUAAGAGGAACACCUCAAGUUUUGAUGACAGAAAUAAAGUCUGUAUUAACUAGUUUGAGUGAUGAGAUGGGAAGGAGAGUUAAUAUGAGCCCUUCUCUGGAAUGAUGAGGAGAUAAGUUAAUUAACAUAUGAAAAUACUUACUGGUUUUUCAAAUUCCAUCUUUUAAUUCAGCUGUAUCCCUUUGUUUGGAUUAUGGUGCAUGGGAAUUCAUGCAUAUGGAUGACCUAAGUGUUCAAUCUCUUCUGAACAUUAAAUCAGAGGCUAGCAUAUCUUUGAGUGAGUGUGUUGAAGAACCAACAUGAGCCACAUAUUAAGCAGAAGGCUAGAGAGUUCUGGCUUAGAACCUUAAUCACCAGAAAGCAAAGGGACUUGUGUAUGAAAGUCUAAUGAUACCAGAAUUAUCCAUAGUGACCGCUUUAAUUCUAGUGAGCCUAAUUUGAAUGGUAGGGGUGGUGAUGGAAGUGUUGUUGGCCUAACACCAGGUUCUUAAGCAACCUUAUGUCUGCCCAUGAAGGGUGUUCAGCUUCAAUGCUACCACUUCUCAACUAUUUGUGAAACCAUGUAUGCAGGUCCUGUAAUUUUACUUUCAAGUGUGUGUCUGUCGUCUGAAUUUCAUUUCUUGGUUCUUAGUCUCUUCUGUUUCAGUCCUUUUUCUAUUCUUGUCAUAUUGAUUUGGCCUCAAUAUCCUACUUGUCUAUUGUGCAUGAGGUUGGAACAGAC